AUGAUUUCCACGACGACGACGACGACGACGAUCGGCGCGCGCGUCUCGAGCGCUCGAACGCGUCGAGGGAUCGUCGGGCGCGCGCGCGCGCCGACGCGCGCGCGCGUCGCGAUCGCGCGGGCGAAGAAGGAGACGAAGAACGGAUUCUUCUCGGCUGACUUGAAGGGUGAUUUGGAAUCGGUCGACGGUGGUGAUGUCGUCGACGCGCUGCGGCGCGGUGACGGGGAGGCGAUCGCGGGCGCGGUGGGGUUGAUCGCGAACGUCGUCGUGAGUUUCUCGCUGUGGGUGCUGUUCAACACCGGAUGCGGAUUGCCGCCGGGCCCGGGGGGGGCGGUCGGACUGGCGGAGGGACUGUCGUACUUAGUCGUCGCUGGCAUCGUCCUCGGCGCCACGGUGAAGAAGUUUAAGACUGGGAGUGGACUUCCGGCGGGGCCGGGUGGGGUCUUGGGUGGCGCAGAGGGGAUCUCGUUCCUCGUCGCGCUCGUCGGCGUCGCGGUGGGGGCGAACCAAAUUUUUCACUUUGGUUUCAUCCCGGACGCGGUUCCGACCGAAGGCGGACAGUGCUUCGGGAAGUGA